AUGUCAUUUGGUUAUUGUCCAACCGUAUCCUUCAACAAAUUUGACAAUAAAAAACAAUUUUUGUCAAAGUUAGUUGAAGAGUCUGAAGAAGAGCUCGAAGAAAUCGAAGAAGAAAUAGCCGAGAAAAGCGAGCCUGUCAGAAAACUUAGUUUGAAAAAUCAAUCGGGUAAAUAUUUUUCUUCUCCUUCCAUCGAUUAUUGUUUCAUUGUACGGGAAAAAAUAUAUGUAUAUGAUAAUUUUUGGACUGGUCGGUUUAGCUGAAAAACGCACAAAACACAUAUUUUUAUAUAAUAACUGUCAAUGUUUACAAAUAAUGAUAAUAAACUAUUAUUUUUCCAGGCGGAAGACUUGUUCGAAGUGCUAGUUUGAAUCAGAAACAAUAUCAUAGUUUUAAAGAAAUGUUGAUCGAUAUUAAGAAUCAUGAGAAUGGAAAAGUGAGUUUUUUUUUUGUUUGUUUGGAUAUUUUUGUACAACAUUUUCAUGGUUGCUGAAAAAGUAUAAAAUAUCAAAUUGAAGUGUGUAUUUUGUUUCGUUUUUAAGCUGAGAAUUCAAAACUAUAUAAAAACAUUGAAUUUCUAAGAUAACCCUAUACUUCUGACUUGCAGUAAAUUUAAAUUUGAAUCAUGGACAUUUCUGUGAUGUUUAAGUUUGGAUAAAUCUAAUUUUGAUACAAAGAUUUCCAAGUUGAAAUUUAGUAAAAGCCAUGGAGAAAGUUCAAGAUUCCUUUAUCGGAAUACUCAAAUUUUCAUUUCAGAACGUCUCAUUUCAUCCAUCAUCUCGAAAAGUCACAUUCACCCUGGCAAACGAUUAUGAUCCACCCGAUUAUAAAAAAUAUCGAUCCACUUGGCUAAAGAAAAAAGUUAAAAUUCUCAGUGAGUCAUAUCAAUAUCAUUUGAGCCAUAUUAUUAUUAUCAAAUGUAUAUAUUUUUCAGACCGCAAAUUGAAAUCACUGUCAAAUCUGUUGUCCGAUUGGAUGUUUUUAGGCCUUUUAGGUAUUAAUGUGGCGGUUUUGUCAAUUGUUGUAGAUAUGCUUGUAUACAGUCUGCAGUUGCGUAUGUUUUUUGUUGAAAAUCCUUCACAUCUUCGAAAACAUUCAAUUUUCAGUUCAAGAAACAAUUGAAUCAAUAUGCAUAAAUUGCGGUCAAGAAUCCUAUUUACAAUGGACAGCCGGAAUGUUAGCCUGGUGUAGUUAUACUACAGUAUUAGUAGUGUUAUCCGCAGGAUUUGUAAAUUAUGUUGGUCCACGUGCAAUUGGUUCAGGUAUACCGGAAAUGAAAACAAUUAUUCGAGGAGUAGUGCUGAUUGAUUAUUUGACGCUUCGAACUUUGAUUUCAAAAGUCGUUGGCAUUUCACUUGCGUUAGGAAGUGGAAUACCAAUUGGAAAAAUGGUUGGUGAUUUAAAAAAAAUACGCUUAAAAGAAUAAUUUCCAAAAACAACUAAAUUUAUAUUUAAAGUUACACGAUCUUUCUGAAAAAUCAAAAAAAAUAUUCCAGGGUCCAUUCGUGCACAUUGCAUCAGUUGUGGCAAAUCAAAUGUGUAUCCUAGCCUCAAAAUUUGAUGUAGCAUAUAAAGAAGAAAGUCGACGUAUGGAAUGUUUGGCCGCAGCUUGCGCCGUUGGUGUUGCGUGCACUUUCAGCGCACCAGUUGGUGGCGUAUUAUUUGCUAUUGAAGUAACAACAAUGUAUUUCUCGGUGCGAUCUUAUUGGCGCGGUUUUUUUGCCGCAUGUUGCGGAGCAACAACAAUACGUCUACUUCGAGGAUAUUUGGUGCAAACAGAAGGUAAACAUUUUUGUUUAAGGUCGUAAGACAAAGACAGCUCAUUUUGACAGAUAAAUUUUAUAUAAUUGGCGUAUUUUUCAGUGACAGUUAACGCGUUCUAUCAAACUAGCUUCCGUCCGGAUGCAUUUUCCGUUAACGAAAUUCCACUGUUCAUCAUUCUCGGUCUGUUAUGUGCAGGUCUCGGCUCCCUAUAUACUAAAAUCUAUCGACAUCUUGUAUUGUUUCUCAGAAAUAAUCAAUACGCCAAACAUCUCUUCCAGCGACAGUAGGUUUUUUUUUCAAUUAUUGUUACCAAAUAUUAUUCAAAUCAAAAUAAAUUCAGUUGGUUUGUUUACCCAAUCUUCAUAUCUUUCAUUUAUGCAUUUGUAUCAUUUCCCGGAGGCCUCGGAACAUUUUCCACUGGAAGAAUUCGAUUUGGUACAAAUCUCAAAGAUUUUUUUGCAAACUGCGCUUUUUUGAAUGGCUCUGGUGUAACUGAAUGUGGUCAUGAGAUUUAUUCGCAUUGGAUGAAUCGAGGAAAUAUUUUGAUGUUAUUGGUUUUAUUUAUUAUAGUUCAUGUGAGUCAUUUUUUAGAGAAAAACAAUAUCGAAAUUAUAAUUCUUGGUGUUCGAUAAAAUUUAUUCAUGAGAAAAAAAAAACUUUGGUUUUUUCUAUCCGAUUAAAGUAUGGAAAAACUGUUUGGAAUUACGUUUCACCGAACUUUGAUUGAACUUUUCAAACAUGUUGGUCGAUAAAUGGUCUAUAAUAUCAUGCUCAAUAAAAUGGGGAAUUUUAGCACAUUUUCACAUAUAAAAUAUUUGAUGUUCAAUAAUCGAAAAAAAAAUAAUCAAAUUGCUUUUAUUAAUAUUUGAAAUUACUGAUAAUUUGGUAAAAAAAUUGCAAAUAUCUAAACUCAACAAAUAGUUUUUUUCCAGUUCAUAUUCUCAAUAAUAAGCUUCACAAUUCCCGUCCCAUCCGGCGUAUUUCUUCCAAUUUUCGUUCUUGGUGCUGCUCUCGGUCGAUUAUACGGUGAAAUCAUCGCAAUAUAUGCAGCGCAUGUUUUUGUAGUAAAUCCUGGUGUCUACGCAGUUGUUGGAGCGGCCGCAUUUUCUGCAUCGGUUACCCAUACUGUUUCAGUAUCUGUCAUGAUUUUCGAAAUUACUGGUCAACUUCAUUUUAUUUUACCGGUUAUGGUAAGGAACAUUCCAUUUGUUUGUCAUUUAAGUAUUUUCAGCUGAUUUUUUCAGACAUCCGUUAUGCUCGCCAAUGCAGUUGGUGCAUUUAUGCAGAGCUCAUUUUUCGACACCAUAAUCAAAAUCAAAAACCUGCCAUUUCUACCAGAUAUUCCCCCUUCUAAUAAUUUGUGAGUAUUUUUCAGAAAUGUAUUUUUUUCAAAAUUUGAAUUCAGAGUUUACACAACUAAAGCCGAAGAUAUAAUGGUCGCUCCAGUCAAAUUUCUUUGCAAACUAUCAACAUUUCAUGAUAUUCAAGAUAUGAUAAAAACAGAGUUUCGAGUUGUUCCAGUUGUCGAUUCUGAAAGCACACAAAUGUUAAUAGGAACAGUUUCUCGAAAACGUCUCAUUCAUUUAAUGAAUAAUCAAAUUGGUGAUCAUGUUAGAAAACUUGAAGCUGAACGUCGUGUUAGAAAAGCUAUUGAAACAAUUGAUAAUCAUUUCAAAGAUUCAGCAAAAGAAUUAACUGAUGAGAAAAGGCGGAGAACUUGUUCUGAAGCUGAUUUACGAUUGAAAGCACCGGAUUUGAUACCCCUAGCUGAUACCAUAGAACCAUCUGGUCCAGUGGAACAAGUCAAGUAAGUUUUUUUUCAAAUCAAGUAACUGAGAUCUUAUCAAUUCAAAAUUUCAGUCGUUUCCUGGUUGUUCCUUUAGUGGAUGUCACUGAGCCUAAGAUAUUGAUUCCACCAAAUUCACCAAUUUCAACAUCUCCUGUAGAAAAUACAUUGCGUCAGGUGAAUUCGAAUUCAAGACGGAAUGCUCUGUUCAGUCUUCAAGAAAUGGAUUCUCGAUUAUCCGCAGAGUUUCUUGGGGAAAAUGGUGUAGAACACAAAACAAUUCAUGGAAAUCCAAAUGAACACCACACCAUAAUCAAAGGUAGAUUAUCUGGAAGUGUUUGACAACUGUUUGAUUCACAGAAAAAAUAUUUGAAUUCAAUGUUCAAUUUUCAGGAUUGAAUAGCCUUUAAAACCAUGCUCAAUUUUCACCCAAAAAAUUAGAACCAUUUUUAAUUACAAAAACAAAAAAUUACAGGCUACAUGAAACAAGCAAAAAAAUACCUUCACCAAAUGCAAUUUGGUGCCAAUAAAAAAAAUUCACAAGACACUGGAUAUGACCUAACUCCAGAAGAGCGUAAAGUUUGGGAAGAUGAACAACUUUCGGCUCAAUUCGAGUUAACUGAUCUUGAUAUCGAUUCAACACCUAGUCAACUUGUCAAGCGAACUUCUUUAUAUAAAAUUCACUCAAUUUUCUCAAUGUUACAAUUGAGCAAAGCGUAUGUUACUGAUUGUGGUAAACUUGUUGGUGUAGUUGCGUUGUCUGAUGUGAGCAUUUUUCAGUUUGCUUUCAGUUAUAAGAAGUCCGGGUAUAUUUUAAAAAAAAUUUUCAGCUUCGCAAAGCAUUAGAGCAUACUGAAGAAAUGAUGAAGACUGCAAAACGUGGUGCUAAAGCACAAGAUAUUGAACAACAACCAAUUAUUCCAUUACGACCAAUUUCAACAAAUGUUAUUGAUAUUUUGACACCACCACUUGAGGUAAGUUUUAGAAUUUCUUGAUGACAUUAAAAAUUUAAAGUUAUGUAUUAAUUUUCUGAAGUAUCAACAAUGUAUUUCAAUUUCAAAAUUUACAACAAUUCAAAAAACUACCAAACUUAUUAUUGAUGAUUUUCCCAAAACUUGAAAAGUUAAAAAUUAACGUUUUUCCCAGGAAACCAAAUUUCAAAUUCUUCCUCUUGACUAACUUCUGACUACACUUUCUUGAUGUUUGGAAACUUUUUGCUUUGUUUACUGACCCUCCCCCUCCUUUCUUUUUAGACCAAAAAUUAAAAUGACAAAAAUAAUUCCAGAUCGCUCGUGGUACUACCAUCGAAACUAAUGUCACUCUUCAAGAAGAAGAAUCUAUGCCAAAAUUAGCUGUUCCUCCACCAACAUUUAUGCCAAGAUCCUCACUGCGUCGUGAAAAAUCAGAACAAGUUGGUAGCUCUCAAAGAAAUAGAAGAUCUGGAAGUGUUUUCGAGCAUCGUCCUGAAGAAUUUGUCGAAGCUGUUGCUUAUUUACGCCGGAAAUCUUUGGCUGUUGGAACACCGACUCGAUCAAAUAAACAGGAUGACGAAUCCAGUGAUUGA